AAUGGCUGACAAGAUGACAACAAAAAUCAGGCUUUUAGUUUUAUUUAAUUUUUUUAAUUACGCCAUGCCUUCAGCCUCAACACCUGCAACUAUAGGUCCUGCAGAUGCAGACACAAAAGAAGAGUUGCACGUUUUGGCCCAGCAUAAAAUUGACAGUCUCACAAUUUUGAUGUUAUUGGGACUGCUGAUGUUGACCAUUUUGACAAUCUGGUUGUUCAAACAUAAACGUUUACGAUUUUUACACGAAUCAGGAUUAUCAUUAAUUUAUGGUAUGAUUGUGGGAGCAGUAAUCAAAUAUACAGCAUCAAACAAAUGUGACAGUUCUCCAUAUGUUAAAUUGAAUGGAACUGCUUACUACACAGCACCAAACCCACCUGCAGCUGUCUAUCUUAAAUUACCACAGUCUUUUAAUAGUUCCAGGUUACAGGAAGUCAAAUAUGACUUAUGGGGGGAAGUUUCAGAAGAUACAAUUCACUGCACAGGGUCACUUGUAAGAGCGGUAAGCUAUAAUGAAUUUAAGGAAAUUUUUAAAGAAAAGGAUGUAACCUUUGACCCUGAGUUUUUCUUCAAUGUUUUAUUGCCUUUUAUCAUAUUUGAAGCUGGCUACAGUAUGAAAAGGAAACAUUUUUUCAAAAAUCUUGGAGCCAUUAUGGCAUAUGCAUUUAUAGGAACAACAAUUUCUUGUGUAGUUGUUGGGGGUAUAAUGUAUGGUUUGACAAGGUUAAUGAAGGACAUUGUGAAGGAGUUUACUCUGAAUGAUUGUUUUUGGUUUGGAGCAAUAAUCUCUGCGACUGAUCCAGUCACAAUUCUGUCCAUAUUUAGUGAUCUGAAGGCUGAUGUAGAUCUGUUUGCUUUUAUUUUUGGUGAAAGUGUCUUAAAUGAUGCUGUUGCUAUUGUUUUAUCAUCGUCUGUAGAUAGUUAUAGAUUGAAGAGUAAUCAAGAAGGUUUCAAUGCAGAUGCAUUCUUCCUAUCUAUUGGAAACUUUGCUAAAAUAUUCCUUGGAGCAUUUGGUAUUGGAUCAGCAUUAGGAUGUGUUAAUGCUUUAAUAACAAAAUUUACGAAGAUACGAGACCACCCACUGUUAGAGACAGCUUUGUUGUUUCUGAUGUCAUACAUGUCAUUCCAGGCUUGUGAAGCUGCUGAACUCACAGGUAUUGUUGGUAUCCUGUUCUGUGGUAUAACACAAGCUCAUUAUACAUAUAAUAAUUUAUCUGAGGAAUCUAAGCAUAGAACUAAGCAGUUGUUUGAAUUGAUGAAUUUCCUGGCAGAAAACUUCGUAUUCCUAUACAUAGGAGUUUCCAUAUUUACAUUCCAGUACCAGUAUUGGCAUGCAGGAUUUAUAUUUGCUUCUGUUUUUUCUAUUAUUGUUGCAAGAUUUUGUAAUAUUUAUCCACUAUCACUUUUAUUAAACAUUGGAAGAAAAAACAAAAUCAAGACGAGCUUCAUGCACAUGAUGAUGUUUUCUGGAUUAAGAGGUGCUAUUGCAUAUGCUUUAUCUAUCAGAAAUACAGCAACAACUGCCAAAAAGUUGAUGGUGUCAUCAACAAUGUUUAUAGUACUAAUAACUGUGAUUCUUUGUGGCGGUUUGACAACACCCAUGUUACAGUGGCUCCAGAUAAGAGUUGGAGUUGAUGAAGAUGUUGAAAUGAAAAAUAUAAAAGAGUCAAGAGAGGGUCGUGGUGCCACCUACCAAAGUAUGGAAAACCAUAAUGAAAACAACGCUUCACCGUUGCAUGUUUUUGAAGAUAGGAGUUCUAGUGCUGGCUCUCCAUUAAUAGAGAGAAAUGCAGAACAAGUGGAGCAAACUCCACCAAAGAAAAAAUAUGACAAAGCAUGGCUUGUGUCAUUGUGGCAUAAUUUUGAUAUAAAAUUUAUGAAGCCACUGUUAACAAAUAGUACUCCUAAUUUGAUGGAGACAUUGCAUCCAUGUUGUAUGCCAUUGUCCAGAAUUCUCACCACAGAAGAACAAAUGACAAAUCCACACGUACACAUAGAUGCAGAUUCUGAUACAGAUAUGAUUAUAGACCAUCGAGAACUUUCUAUAGGAGAAAGUAUUAGUACAGUGUCACAUGGUGCCACACAAGAUGCUGACAAAAAUGAUAUUACAGAGGAUUCUCUCAUAGAUGAUAACAUUCUUGGAGAUUUAGGACAUGGACAGCCAAUGAGAUUACAGAUUAAUGUGCCUGGACCUCUUGGAGAGAAUGUUUGAAUUAAUCAUAAUUCAUAUUUCUUCUAAAUUGACCGUUGGCAAUGAGAUUACUUAUUGAUAUAAAUAGUCCCCAUGUGGAAGUAUAUAAAAUAGUCAUGCAAAUGUAUUACAUAUAUUUCUGAUUGAAAAGUCAAUCUUGUUUUAUGUUCAAAAGCUCUUCACAAUAUUUUUUUCAGAAUUUUACUUUGUCUUGUUGUAAGAUUUUGCGGGAAAUUGCACCAUCAGUUAAAUGGUAUAAUGUUAUGUAAAUCUGUAUCUUUGUUUUCUUUUAAUUAUUACAAAUAAUUUAAUAUUAAGGCAAGCAAUAAAAGUGUUUUAGUAUCAAAUAUUGCCUGAUGUAUAGCCUUUUCAGUUAUUGCGUUCAAAUCUGAAAAUUACUUAUGUGGUUUCAUUAGUUAAUAACUUAAGUAACAUAUAUAUUCCUAUCAUUAUCAAAACAAAUAGGAACACUAGACAUACACUUAAUUAUAUAUAUAUGAUUGACUGUUCAAUUCUAAUGAGUUGAAGAAGAUUUGUUGAUACAAACAUUUGCAAUUCAAUAUUUAAAGUAUGGUUUUUUUCCAUGCAAUUUGUCAGAAACAUUCAAAUUUGGCUUAUUCAUUGCUCAAAACAAUAACUCCAAAUUUUUAUUAAAAAGAUUAUAUAAAUGUAGGUUACAUAACUGAAUGCUACUUUAAAGAGAAAACAGAUCUUAAUAUCUUCAUACUAAUGUUUAUUUAACUUAUACAAACAUACAGUUUUGAUCUCAGGACUUUACCAAAGGCUAUUAUUUAUGUAAAAGAUACAUUAACACAUGCAGCCACCAUUAAAUGUGUAAAGAUAAAGGUUUAAACUUGUAUGACCGAUCUUAUGAAUACAUAUAUUCAGAUAAUUAGUUAACUAGAGUAUAUGCCUGCUGCCUUGUCUAAAUUCGUGUCCUUUGUUUUAGACCAAUUGUAUAAAUAAUUUUGAUAUGUGAACCAUCUAUAGCAAAAAAAAAGCCUCAAUUUCCAAAAAAAAAAUUUAAAGCCUUACAUAAACAGUAAUCUUUCAGCUAGCAAAUUCCAUCAUUUUAUUGGUAUCAUUUGAAAUAUUUUCCAAAAAAAAAGACCUUUGAAAUUGUAAAAUUGUUUUAGCUAAUUUCUGUUGGUAGAUUUUAGCAUUAUACAUACAUAUUGAAAGAGUGCAAUAUAUUUAAGAACAAUACUUUACAUAGUUAAGUUAUUUAAGACACGUUUGUAGAUAUUAAAAAAAUAUUUAAUCAUAUAAAAUAGUAUUAUUAAUUGUAUAAGGCUACCAUCACAUUCAUAUAAGUGAUCCUUCAUCCUUUUAUGAAAAACUAAUUUUAUUUUGAAUAAAACAUGGCUAUCUUUAGUGUCAUUACAUCAGUUAUAUUACAGCAGUUUAUAAUUGACAACUAAACAUUAAUGUUUUAGACACAACUUUUUGUUCCAAAGAGAGAAGACAUUUGUAUAAUCAGGGCUUAUGGUCAUAAAACUUCAAGUAUGUUUAUCGUACUCAGAAAUCUACCAAUCCAAAUACUGGAUUUGGCGUUUAAAGCUAACAUUUUGUACUACAAGAACUGAGUAUAGUUUUAUGACUGAGAGCCCAGGACUGUUACCAUUUAUGGAGAAGUUGAUUGUAUUGUAUUAUGUUAAAAAUAUAUUUUGUAGUGUUUGUUGUUUUUCAUAGAAUUUUGUCUUGCCUAUCACCAUGAUCACAAAUGUCAUUAAAUAAAUACAUGUGGGGCUUGGACAACAUUAAUUCUAUGUACAAAGCUGAAUAUUUAAGAAAUGCCAGAGAGUUUUUUUUUUAUAUAGAUGGCCUAUGAUCUGAAGUGUCUAUCUGGCAAUUGUCAGUUUUUUUCUCUGUUUUCAUGGUUAAUUGAACAAAGUUAAGUUUAGUGCUUAGUUCAGUUAAAACAUUGUUUUAGGAACAAAAUCAGAAAUAUUUGGACUAUAAAAAUUGAAAAUUUUACAAGUCAGUAUAACUGGGGUCACCUAUCCCUCUUUUCAGGGUUCUGUUUCUCAAUUCUUUGAGUAAUAGGUCAAGUGUAUACCGUGAUCAAACUCAUUUUUGUGAGUGAUUAUUUUUCUCCUUUUUAGGAAGUAGAAAAUAUACAUGAUUUAAAAUUUUGAAAUCUCCAAACUAAGUCACAGUGAAAUUAUCUAGAAAGAGCUAGUUGAGAUAAAAAUAUCCAGGAAAAUAAGUUGGUUUACAGAAUUUGAUAGUUUGAUCAUGUUCCUGUCAACUUUACUAUAUUUGUUUUCAAAAUCAAUUUCACAGGUUAUGUAUUUCAUAAAUAUAUUGAUCUAAUCAAAAACAUUUGUGUUAAUUCUUCCUAGAAAAGUCAACAAAGGAAUGCUUAUUCCAAUGAAAAACCAAGAGAAAUACCUUUUCUGCUUUAUGACAGCAUAUAUAGAAUUACAGAAUUCAUAAAAAUAUUUGAGGAGUUAACAUCAAAAACAUGAUGUUAUUGGAAAUAUCCAGUUAAAUACAUGUGUUAACUAUACUGGUAGAUAAACUUUAGAUACUUUUAGACUGACCAAAUAGUAAGUCAGAUUUCUGUAUGGCAAGUAGUGCUUUGAUGGUUUUAAAUGCCAAUCUGCCUAAGAAUCAGGCAGUGGUGAAAACAUGACAAACAAAAACCCACUCAAGUUGAUAUUAAUUUAUGUUUAAAAUGCAUAAUGGUGCAGGAAUAUAACAUUCGUUUCCGUUUUGUAUUCAGGUAAUUCAAGAUAUAUUUUGGUUGAAAUUCACUAGAAUUGAACUAUUAAGGGGAGCUUACUCCGUAAUUUGCUAUCAUUCUAACCAAAAUUAUCAAGAGAAUUCUCGAAUUACCAGACACGCAGAAACGAAAGACCUACCAUAUCUAACUCAGGAUGAGGGUAACUUCAAAAUAGGAUGGUUAGGUUGGUGGGUUUUUUCCGGGCAUGUUUUGAUUUUUUUCAAAAUUGCCUGAUUCUUACAAAGACUGGCACUUAAAAAGAGUAAAAACAAAUCAUGUGUUUGAAGUUUCCCAUUAAAAAACCUGGGGAAUAAAAGUCAGUUUGUUGGGCAUUACUUUUAAUGGUUUUGUAAAUGUUGUGAUACAGGUGAAACCUACUUAAUUGAAUUUCUUCAGUUAAACAUGUGUUAUUGUCAGAUAUUGUAAAUUGUUUCAAAGAAUCAAAUGGCCUUCUCAAGGUUUCUCAAAAGAAGACUUUGAUGAAGAAACUUAAAUCUGUGUUUGUUCCUUAUUUUCUUUACUAUUGCUUUGAUCUAUAUAUGUGAUAAUUUUAAAUCUCAAGCGACUGUACUGAGAAUGUUUUUUCUCAGUCUUGUAGAAUGAGAACAUGCUGAUGUCUUAGCCAAUGUCAUUGAUGUUGCCUAAGAAAAUAGGGAUAAACAGAUUAUCUUUGGUCGUUCAACUUGAGGAAUCUUCUUGGCUACAUCUCAUCUUGGGACUAUCGCCCUUCAAUGAGAUUGUAGCCAAAUAACACCCUCUGGUUUUCAAAACCAUAGCUAAUCUAUAAUUUUAUUCUGUUAAAGCAAACAAAUCUUUUCAAUUGUUUCUGGAUGGUUUCUCUAGCAACCAGAAUUUUUUACUUUUGGAAUGAAUUCCCUCAUUUGAAUUGUACAUUGUACUACCUUUGUUUACCUUUAAAACAAACCUGUUUGGAAUUUAAAAUGCAUAAUAUGAAAAUCAAAAGUGCUAGAAAAUCAAUUUGCUCAUGUAGAAAUUUAUAGAUGUUAAAAACAAAUUUUAUUUACAGCAAUGAAGACUGUAUGUCAAUGUUUUAAUGUCCUGGUAUACUAAUUUUUAUACAUCUGAGUAAAAGAUUUCUGUUGUUUUCAUUUCCACUACCAAGUUUUAUUGCUAGAUCUGCCAAUAAUCUGUAUAGCCAUCAUAAUGGCAGAAUUUCUCUGAUGUAAGAUUUUUUUUUAUGCAAACAACCAAAAUGUGAUUUGAAAAUGAGAAAAUAGAAAAUUUAAAAUAUUUAUUCAACUGGACAAGAUAUUUCAAAAAUUCAAAUAGAAAAAAUAAAAUACUUGUUUGUACAUUAAACUUGCAUUUGUUAUUGUUGAAAAUAGCUUUAUUGUGUUCAAAUUACAGUAUCAUUAAUCUCACUUCAAACAUUUUUUUUUCAAAAACACUUCAGGAGUCGGUUUUUAUUUUUAUCUAUGAUUAAUCGUAAGUCAUGUACAAUUCAGUAUACUUACGAACAAUCUUAGUCGCAAGUUUUUUGUGAAACUGACUCCAGAGGUUUAAAACAUUCAUGAAUACCAAGGAUGGUGGCAAUGAAGACACAAAGCUUUGGCUUUGAACCCUAUAGGAAAUCACAUUUUUAUCAUUGCUUGAACAUGGCUAAUUAGAACAAAUAUUGUUGGGAUUCUUGAUAUUACAAUAAUACAAAAAAAAAACCUGUUAUGCAGAGGCUAUUCUUGAUUUUUAUCAAAAAGUUUUAGAGGGUUGUCAUUGUUGGCAUUGGGCAACUAGGUGAGGGAGUUCAAUGAUAGUUACUGUAAAUUAUUGUAGGAAAAUAUACCUUGCUUAAGGCUUAAUUGGUAUAUGAAAUGUGGUGAUUGCCAAUGAUGAAACUAUCCACCAAAGACCAUCUGACAAAGAUUUUAACAGGUCACCAUACGGCCUUGAGCAAAACCAUACCAUAAAGCAAGCUAUAAUAUGGUCCAUGCAACUCGGGUCAAGAGGUUUUAAAGGUCAUCUUGGCAAUUUCACUCAUAGAAAUUGUCUGGUUCUUACAAAGAUUAGUACUGCCCCCAAACCGAUUACCAUGGUUAAUGAACUUGUCAAUAUCUGUUAUGGGAUUUCAUAAGUCUCAGUUGUUGUGUGUUUUUUACUUUGUUAUAUUUUUUCAAAAAAUUUAUUUAUAUUUAUAUAUAUGUAUGUAUUUAUGGUUUUGUAUGUUAUUAAACCACUGUAUUUUGAUUAUUAAAAUAUAAACAAUGAUAAUUCAGAUCAGUCUAUAAGAAAUGAUUUGUGAUAUACAUGAUUGGUCUUCUAGUGCACAAAACAUAGAAAUUACUAUUAUUCACUUAAAAAGUUUUUUUUAUUUUCUAUUCUGGUAUGUAAAAUGUGUGCACAGCAUUGAAAAAACUAUUAAAUGUUUUAUUUGAAUAUAGUAUAUGUAUUUUAAUGCAAACUUCAUGUUGUUUUCUGCACAUGUCAAUUGAAAUGUGUUAAUUUGGGUUUUAUAUUGUACUCCAAUGAUUUGUAAGAUAUCUUUUAAACUGGUAAUCCACAUCCUAAUGCAAAUUGACAUGAAACUUCUAUUUUGAAUUUGGAUGAGGUGCCCCAGUUUCUUUCAAAGGGAUCUGUGAUCACAUCUAUAUUUUUGUCAUCAUGAAGUUCUCUUUCGAAUGGACAUACACCCAUACUAUUUUGUAUGCAUCUUGAAGAGUCUUGCCAUGGGACUUAAGAUGAAGGUCAUAAGACCCAGAAUGCAAUUCAUUUGCCUUUUAAAUUGUAAAUUAACAAGUUCUUAUCAAAAUAAGGUCACUUGGGCCUCUCUUGCUGCAGUAACUAAGUGUAAUUUUUUUUUAUGUCCAGUUCUCAGAUAUAAAGGUUCUUACAAUUGUUUACCUUUAUGUAAGGAUGCAUGUCAUGGAGUGUUAACAGGGUCCUAUAAAAAAUUGGGUCACUUAAACUUUCAAGUUUUGUGUCAAAUCCAUUUUUUCAUAUGCAAAUGACCUACAAUUAUAUUUCUUAUUGUAAGGAUGCAUAUGGGGAGUAGUACCAGCUUUAGACUAGAAUUAGGGUCUGAUUUACAUUCCAGUGACAGAUACAUUUAAUUUGCACUCAUUACACAUGAGAUAUCUGAAGGAUCAAGUGGUCAAUGUCAGCUACCAAAAACUGUCUUUCUAACCUUCAACAGUGUUAAUGAAAACAUCAUUUUUUUUAAACAAUUUAGACAACAAGGCAAACUUUAUAAUUGUUUACAAAAUCUCAUAUACCUGUAAUGCUAAGCAUUAGCUAUUAUUGAUUAAUAAAUGUUUUAAAAAUGC